AUGGCACAUUUAUGGCUUCGUGCUGAAACAAAAGCUGAUGAACAUCGAGCAGCUUUAACGCCAAAUACAAGCAAACAAUUAAUUCAAAAUGGCUUUAAAAUCACAGUAGAAAAAUCUACGCAACGUAUUUUUGAUGAUGAAGAGUAUGAAAGAAUUGGUUGUACACUAGUUCAAUCUGGAACUUGGAAAACAGCUCCAUCCGACGCUUACAUUAUAGGUUUAAAGGAAUUACCAGAAAAUGACGAUUCACCUCUUUCUCAUACACAUAUUUAUUUUGCACAUUGUUAUAAGAAUCAAUCUGGCUGGCAAAGUAUUCUAAAAAGGUUUAUCAAUGGCAAAGGAUCGCUUCUCGAUUUAGAGUUUUUAAAUGAUGAAAAAGGUCGUCGUGUUGCUGCAUUUGGUUAUCAUGCAGGGUUUGCUGGAGCAGCUAUUGGACUAGAU